AUGGAUCCUCGUCCUCUUCGACGCACCGGCGUGGGCCGAGAGCAUCUCCACGGCGGCGCCGCCAGACCUCCGCCGGGCUGGCCGCCGACGAGGGCGGGGCUUCUUUCUCCGGCGGACCUGCGGCGGGGCUUCUCGGCGAGGCAGGCCUUCCUCCUCAGCUACCGGCUCUCUGCGCCGGAGAGCUUCCGGGAGAGGACGGCGAGGACGACGGAGGAGCUCAGCGCCGGCGCGAGGACGGCUCUCCGGAGGCUGUCGCCGGCGCGGUGGGUGCACAAGCUGGUUGGGGCCCUGCGGGGCUGGUUGCGCCGCCCGCCGCCGGCGAUGAACCCCGCGCGGUGCUUCGUCUCCCGGGGGAAGAAGAGAUGA